GCUCAGAGGAGCAAAAAAUAUUGUACGGGUGGAAGCUAGAGGGAAUCAGCAUAAAUUAUGACAAGUGCAUCACGCAAUAAAGCGAACUAUGAAUAAGCCAUUCGAGAAAUUGGUGCAAUGCAACAUUCAUUGAAUGAUGAUGCGUCAGGGACUGUCGAGUAUACGCAGGAGAGCAUCACAGUCUGGUCCUCAGAGGGUUCAAAUUUCACUUUGAGGGGGAGUUACCGAAUCUGCAGGAACAUCAGAUCGCAUUGCUCAGCAAACCUGCCAACAUCCUGGGAAGAAGACCAUAUACCGUCAAGCUCUUACACAUACAUCCAGGGAAUAAUAGCCUUUAUUGCCAACACCUCAAACACACAUACCGGGAAUAAUACCAGAGACCCGUCCACUCUAUCUCGCCCUAUUUUUUUUUCUCUGCUGGUUCGCAAAAGCCUCAGGAGUAGGCUAUGCACGGUCCAGGUUCCGCUACAUAUCUGCUAUCUGUAGUGUGGACAUUGCUGAGUGCAGCCCACUGCUGAGUCAAGCUGUGGUGCACACCUUGAAGAGUGCUGUACCCGAUCCUGUCUUCACCCCAGGUUUGCACGAGGCUGGCCUCCCAACAUGUCCACAGAAGUGGAAACCAGCACACCCCCAGUGGAGCAGGCACCUUUUAAAACACCCUCCAAAAAAGAAAAGAAAAAGGCUGCAGCAAGCCCAGAGAAAACAGAUGAGUUCCUACUAGCCAGGUUCAAAGGGAAUGGAGUUCGCUACAAAGCCAAGUUGAUUGGUGUAGAUGAUGUACCUGAAGCAAGAGGAGACAAGAUGAGCCAAGACUCCAUGAUGAAACUGAAGGGCAAGGCAGCAGCUGCUCGCUCUCAGGGCAAACACAAGCAAAGAGUUUGGGUGAACAUCUCUCUCUCAGGAAUCACUGUUACAGAUGAGAAAACAGGGGCUACAAUACUGGAGCAUGCUGUGAAUAAGAUCUCCUUCAUUGCACGAGAUGUUACUGACGGCAGAGCGUUUGGCUAUGUGUGUGGUGCAGAGGGCCAGCACCAGUUCUUCGCCAUUAAAACUGCACAGCAGGCGGAGCCUCUUGUUAUUGACCUGAAGGAUCUUUUUCAGUUAAUCUUCAAAAUGAAGAAAAAAGAAGUUGAAGGUUCCAAGAAGAAUGGCACUGAAGCCUUACACAGUGACAGAAAAGGUGUUGAACAGCUGGACUUGUUUGGAGACAUGUCAACCCCACCUGACUUAAACUCUCCCUCGGAGUCUGAGGACAUCCUCUUGAUGGAUCUGUCCACUGAGAUAGACAGCAAUCAAAAUUGUGUUAAAGGAAACCCCUUCACCUCAACUUCUGUCCCCAGACCCCUGCCCAGCCUCUCGCCUGAGAACCCCUUCUCCUCUCAGCUCAACUUCUUCCCUACCCCUAUCCAUGACCCAUUCAGUGAUGACCCAUUUUCCAAAAGGAGCGACCAGCCAAUCAGGGAAGACCCUGCCACAGCCAACCACAGCCCUAAUAGUUAUUUCAAUGGUGGCCCUAAGAAUGGUGACUCUGACUACUUGGGCCAGCAGUUUGACCAGCUCUCCAACAGGACAGUCAUCCAGGCCCUGAGUAAUGGCCAGUGGCCUUUAGAUGGUAGAGUUGUGGAAGCAACAGCCUGGACUCAGAAGACUGUGCCAAUUCGGGAGCAGAAUGGACAUGGGCAUGUGACACCUAAUCCACUGCUGGGAGGGUCUGAGAAGAUGCAGCCAGUGCAGAACGGAGUAAAGCAUGAGAAUGGAAGCAUUGGUGAACUGCCUGUCAAUCAAGCCAUGGAUGCAGUCAUUAUAAGCCCUCCUCCACUCAAUACAAAAGCAGGGAGGGGGAGGAGGAGUGUAAAGUCGCCUUCAAAUGAAAAACCUGGGACAGAUCCAUUUGCUUCUCCUAACCAAUCCGAAUUACCAUCUCCUCAACCAGAGAAUGGCAUUGUCAACUCUGUCAGUCUUUUCAGCAAGAGCCCCACCUCUACUGACAUACUCACAGCUCUUGUCUCCACUCCUGGGGCAGAUCCAUGGAAUCAGCCCCUCUCCUCCAUCUUUCCCAGCACCACCAGUGUCUCUCAGCCUUUCACCCAAGCACCUAUCUUCUCUACUUCUCCUGUGCCUGCCUGGGAAACAACUCCGGGUGGUUUUGGAACCUCUCCCAUUACCCAACAGCUUCCAUCAUGGAGUCCCACCCCAGUCUCCAGUGGAUCCAAUGCAUCCUGGACCCCACAUACAACCCUGGGGAAUCCCUUCCAGACCAGUGUAUCUCCAACAACUGCAUGCUUUGGGCCUGAUGGACAGCUGAGCUCCAGUCCCCCUCCACAGGUUCCUCCUCGGACUGUACCCACCAAAGAAGCUCCAAAGGUGGACAGUAAUGCUUUUGUUGACCUGGAUCCUCUAGGGGAAAAAGAGAAGAGAGAUAUCAAGGACAUGUUUAAGGAUUUCCAGAUGGCAAAGCCACCAAAUGUGCCAGCAAGGAAAGAGACACCAAAUGUAGGAGGUCAGAACCCAUUCAACAACUCCUUUGGAAAAGAUCUGUUUGGCUCAUCUGUACCUGCCACUAGUGCUCCUCCCAUAAAGGCAGUUGGAUUAGACCCUUUCAGAGACCCAUUUGGAAAUCCAUUUGCAUGAAAGCCAGCCACCUUAAUGACUCCAAAGGGUCCAAGUAAAGAUCGAAUAAAAGUUGUUGAAAUUAUGCAAAAACACUUCCAUCCCUGGUGUUUGUUACAGCUUUAUAAUGUUUCUGUUGAGCUUCAGAUGCAUGACCACAAGUCCCCAAUACAGCUUUUCGCGGAGCGCCUUAUUUAGUUUUCCCACUAAAGUGCAUCCUGUUCAAGAGCAGGUCUCUUAGCUUUGAUGUCACAUCCAUCCUGUAACAAUGUCUGAGAACCAAAUGAAG